CUCGAGGAGGCGGUAGUGGUGAGUAGUGAGGGCUAUUCAAUCAGUGACAGUUUCGAUGACAUUUCGGAGGAGUCCAUGAGUGUUGAACUACCUCCAGAGGAGGAAGAGGAGGUGGAGCAGAGGGAACCGGGCCAGCUGGUCAUCGCCAACACCAACGCAACCGCCAGACACAUCACUUUCUGCAGUACGCACUCCCUGAACCCCGGACGGCAUCAUCAAGGGCAGUCAACCGCCCUAACGGGGGAGUUUACAGCAACAUUUGUCAAUUCUAGCACGGUGCAGGACUUUGAUGUCUGA